AUGAUAGUCCCCGAAGACAUAUGUAUCCCACCAACUAGUGAUAUGCCUCACCAGGCGAGUCCAUUCCUCCUAGGGAAACACCAUACUCCGGAUCCCUGCGAUGAUGGGAGAGGCUACUGCUGGGUGAGUGUGAUUCUUCUCCCAGACAUGAGAAAUGGCACACACAGUGAUGAAGAUAUAAUGAGCUUUGUAAUUCGGAAGUGCAAUGCUGGCCAAACCGCCAUGACCCGUCAACCACUACAUGGGUCGGGAGACCACUGUAUCUCUCUGCCGGUCAAGUGGGAUACACCUCGACAAACCAUGCGCGCUGUUCGGGACCAGGCUGCGACUAUUGCAACAUGGUGGCUGGAACAAAUUCGCGAAGAGAGGAUAGUCAUCGAUCAGAAGAUGAUUUUUGAGAACCGGAAUAGGACAGCGUUCAAAGUCAUCUCGAAUGCAUUGCCUGCCGAGUGGGGCAAACCGGAGUAUUCAGGUUAA